UAGCUACUGAAUUCUGAUAACGCAUUAACAGGCAGGAGACUGCAAGCAUGUCGCUGAAUUAACGAGAUCGUUUAGGCUUGCAUAUGGAUACUAGUGGCACAAAAUAACUAUAUUGUAGACUAUCACUGGGCCGUCGCUAUUACAAGCCGCGUGACUCAUCAAUCCAGGUGCCUCUGUAGCGUUCUAGGCAACGCGACAAAGUCGCGUUCAUAGCAGCUUUGUCUAUUGAAUAUAAAUAAGUGUUACAUAGAUACAGUUGCAAUGGCUGGAAUAACAUCUAUUGAAGCCGUGAAAAGGAAAAUUCAGACAUUGCAGCAACAAGCUGAUGAUGCGGAGGACCGUGCCGAAACGCUCCAGAGAGAGGUUGAUGCGGAGAGACAGGCCAGAGAGCGGGCAGAGGCAGAGGUGGCUUCCCUAAACAGACGUAUCCAGCUGGUAGAGGAGGAGUUGGACAGGGCCCAGGAGAGACUGGCCACUGCGCUGCAGAAGCUGGAGGAGGCCGAGAAGGCUGCAGACGAGAGCGAGAGAGGAAUGAAGGUGAUAGAGAACAGGGCGUCAAAAGACGAGGAAAAGAUGGAGAUCCAGGAGAUGCAGCUAAAGGAGGCCAAGCACAUCGCUGAGGAGGCCGACAGGAAGUACGAGGAGGUGGCCCGUAAGCUGGUGAUCCUUGAGGGUGACCUUGAGCGCUCUGAGGAGCGUGCUGAGGUGGCUGAGGCUAAAUCUGGUGAUCUUGAGGAAGAGUUGAAAAAUGUCACCAACAACUUGAAGUCUCUGGAGGCCCAGGCUGAGAAGUACUCACAAAAGGAGGACAAAUAUGAAGAGGAAAUCAAAGUUCUUACCGACAAACUUAAAGAGGCUGAGACGCGUGCUGAGUUUGCGGAGAGGUCUGUGGCCAAGCUUGAGAAAACCAUUGAUGAUUUGGAAGAGCGUUAUCACAAGGAGGUGGAGAACAACCGCAUCCUCAGUAACGAACUGAGGGUUGUUCUGAACGAAUUUAACAGCUGAGUCUGAGACGGAAGCUUUGGCAAACUUCCUUCCACUAUCCCACUCUUCCAAUAUGCACUUGUCUCUGAGUAAACUUGGAACCGAUUUUCUCAUACCCCCCUCUAGAAGGCACUGGUUGUACAUUCUUCAGUAUGCUGUCAUUAGGGUGGAGUCAAUACAUGAAAAUUCAAGUCAUAACAUUGAAGUCAUUUGAAAACAUGACAUUCAAGUAAUUGACCAAUCAUAUAAAACAUUUACAUUUAAUACAUGGAAAAUCUGUUACAAUUCAUCAAGGGAAUUGAGUGUGAAUGAAUUUGCCCCAAACUUGGAGUGUUGUGUGUAAUUUGGGUACUGGUAGGGUACCUGUACAGUAAUUCAUCCCCCCCAAAUAAAUCAUGUAACCUUUUUUUGUAUGAAAUUUGGUUCCAAGUUUUUCAGAAUUAAGAAAGUUAGUUUUUCACAAACUUGAGGAUACUCACUUGCUGCACAUUGUAGAGUUCCACUGCUAAAACAUGAGGGAGUUUAAUGGACCAAAUGGAGCACUUUGGACUGGACACCAUCCCACACCUGAAGUUUUCAAAGCUUUCACAGAAUGUGGAAUAAUUAGCAUUUAUCUGAAAUAAUGGUUUUCAGGAUUAUUUAUUCAAAAGAAAUACCCAAGUUUGCAUAUAGGACAGUUUGCUGUAAAACUUCAGAUUGUUUGCAUGCCAUCCUGCCUAUAUACUCUAAAGCCUGUAGACUGACAUCUAUAGAUAAUCAUAUAGCCAAAAAUAUAUAUAUAUAUAUAAUGCCAUGAAAUCUGGUGAAUGUUAUACAUUUUUUGAUUUCACAAAUGUUUUGCUAUUGCUCAGACUCUCUUACAUGUAUCCAUCCAAAGUCAAUGAUAUGUAAACUUUUAAGAUUUACACAGGCUUGAAACUACACAGGCUCAUGUAUUUCUUUGAAUGUAGAGUUUGUAGUUUAGUGUGAUGAAACAUAUUUUGUUUUAUCAUUAACUAUUAUAGUACUUAUACAUACUAAGUAUACACUCUGGGUGCAGUAUUAGAUUUCUGGGGUUAGUCUCUCUACACUUGGCUUCGCUACAAGUUACCCCAUAUUAUAUCCACACCCAUUUGUUUACAUGGAUUCCUUUGGGUGUUUUCCCUGUUAAGAGUCCUUAAGUAACUUCACUAUUUUGCAUGGUGUGCUAUAGUGAACUUGGCUAAUUCCAAGUUGUGCUACAUUUACCUCAUGACUUUCCACAAGUUAGCUGGGCUAAAUAUAUAAAUCUUUAGCCUCCUUGUAUUGACUAGCAUUACUUUCAUUGCACGAGUAUCUUCACGUUUUAGCUUCCCUCACCACCUGGCCCAUUGAGUGGUGUGACACGCAGAAAGCAUCUGCUGUCCUCUGGAAACGCUCCUUUGUACACACUGAAAUUGAAACCUCACCUGACAUUCUGUGCACACAAGGAGCACUGUCCUCUCAUUGGGUUUGGGAAGGGACUUGCUAUGGUAGCUCACCAACAUGUAGGAGACGUCUGAACUAAGAAAAGAAAAAAACGUUCAUAUUCAUUUUUUUGUUUUCAUCUAGAUUGGCUGUCCAGGAAAGUUGAAUUCUUGCUUCAAUUGUAUAUAACAUGGAUCUUUUCAACAGCCUAGCUCUGUUUAUUGUCCACCUGUGCUUCUUAGUGACCACUUUCGCUGUUUUAACUGACACAAACAUAUUACUGCAAUUUUACACAAACACACUUGAUAAAUGAAUGUGUAAAAUACAGUAUGCUUUUGAAUCACAUUGUUAGAUAGUACUGUUAAUUUUUUUGAUGUCCAUGUUUCAUUGUCCUAUUCCUGAGCCAACAGAGCUUGCUUGUUGGGGUGCUCACCUGUUCUUUUGUUUUCCCGU